CUUAUAUCUCUUUAUAUGUACUCGGAGGCUAAAGAUUCACGAGUCACGCCCGCAUCACCACACGGGACUAUAAGACGCGUUGGAGUCCGACAGGAAAGCACCAUCAGCUCCAACUUCUCCUGCAGUACAAGUCUCCUCCGAUCAGCAAUCAUGAAAUACUCCCUCAUUGCAACUAUUGUUGUGCUUGCUUUGGCACAAGGGGGCUUCGCCCAAGAUGCUUCCGAUCUCGAAAGGCUCAGUGAGUACUUCGAUGCCAUGAAGACCAAGUUGAUUGCGGACGUGACUGAGAUCAUCCGUAGCCACGACGUAACCAACCAGGCUCAGGCCUUCAUAGAGGACAAGAAGACCCAGAUGGAGCCUCUGGUCGCUCAGAUUCAGGAGCAGCUGAGGGCCGCUGCCACCAGCGUCGAGUCGCAGCUCCGGCCCCUGACUGCCAACGUGCAGGCUCAGUUCCAGCCCCAGAUCGAGAACUUCCAGAAGCAGAUGGAGGCAGUUUUCAAGAACCUCGCAGACCAGACCAUGGCCCUUGCCAACUAAACGUCCUUCCAAAAAGAGCCACGUGCCAAACACUUGUCUUGAACGGCUGGCCUGAGGGCAGAAAGGCCGGAGACGUGUUCCAUUGGUUGUUGACAAUCAUCUGUGUCCACGAGCACAAUAAAAAGAGCAAAAACAA